AUGUCGACUACUGACAGCAAAACUUUCAAUUUUUAUAAUUUCUUCUUUAAAUGGAUUGAUCCCAUUAUUGCUCUCGGAGGAGCAUAUCUCAACUUCAUUGAUCCAAUUGGCGCAGUGACCUCAAUGGCACCCAACUCAAAAUACGACCCGGAUCAAGUCUUUCUCUUCCAUCAGAGCGGCGGUCUUGCAUUAGCUGUUGCUUUUCUGUCCGCUACUAUUCCUCGAUGUUCGAAAGAUAUUACGGUAUGGAGAAUUUUGCAGUUUUCACUGCUGCUGUCCGACCUGGCGGGCAUUAGCGGAGUGGGUUUUGCCAUGGCCCGCCAAGGGAGACUUGGAGGAAUCUGGACUUCAGAUGAUUGGGGUUGUGGUGGAUCCCAUGGAAUUACUGGCAUAAGCGACAGUCCGGUAGUUAAAAAGCAGAGCUAG